AUGGAAGGGGUACCUCGAGAAUCAAGCGCAAGCAGGGAUGAAGGGACAAGCAAGCUGCAUGAGCAGGAAUGGAUUGCUGAAGGCCACGACAUCCAGUGGAGGUUCUCCACCCCAGGCGUGGUGGUGAGCAUCUACACUCUCCUCUGGAACCACCCAGAGCCCUCCACAGAGCAGUUGACUGGAACCUCGGGGUGGUUCCAUCAGAGUUCCUUUCUACUGCCAACUAGCAAGAAGAAACAGGUGAGUAAACAGUGCAAGUUGAUGCGUCUUCCGUAUGCAAGGGUUCCAUUAACUUCAAAUGAUGAUGAUGAUGAUGAUAAAGAGAAAAUGCAACGUGACGACAAUAUUAUAUCAAAGACAUCACCUGAUAGUCCCUCUUCAGUAUCAACAAGACAACCUUUAUCAACUCAGUACAAUUUGGAAUUGUUAUUUCUUAAAGAAAAUAAUCAAAAGGUGUGUGGUUUAGUUGAUUCAAAACAUAUUUCUCCUAUUGAUAUACUUCCGAAAGGUGAGAUUUUUAAAUCCAUUUUGAAAAGCCACUCAGACCAAAGUUCCAAGAGUUCUCUAAUGAGUGAGAUAAGGAACGUCCAGUCAAUCAGCCACAGAAAGGAGAAACCAUUUCUUAGUAACGUGACUGAAAGGAAAAAACAUGUGUCAUCUUGGGAAUCAAAUGAUCCUGCAGACAAUCCCUGUGUGACAGGUUUAGAUCAACAACAAAUUUCAAGUCCAGGAUUAACUGGGAAUAAUGAGAUAAAUGAUCCUACUAAUGAAACUAAUAUUAAAAUGCAAAGAAACAUACAAUGUCUUCCUGACACCUCUGAGUCUGCAGAUGAAGCUACUGCAGAGCGCAUGAAUCAAGUUCAGGGUAAUGUUGACUUUCAGUUGCAGAAAACUGUGUAUGAUGCUGACAUGGAUUUAACUGCAAGUGAUGUAAGCAAAAUUGUUACAGUUUCAGCAGGCACUAAAAAUAAAAAUAAAAAACCAAAUGAUUCCGGAAUGAAAACUUUCAGAAAAGUGAAAGAUUCAAGCUCUGAAAAAAAGAAAGAAAGAUCAAGACAAUUUAAAAAUAGUUCAGAUGUGAAUAUUGAGGAAAAGACUGAAAACAGAAUAGAAAGAAGAUCUGUUGUCCUGGAUGGCAAAGGGGAUUCAGAAGAUCCAAAUUUUAUGGUCGGUAAUGAAGAGCUGACUCAGUUGAACAUCCUGAAGAAGAUAACCCUUUGUAAUGGCUUUGAUCAAGAUGACAGACAAAGUACACAGUAUAAUAAAAAAAAUAAAAGAAUAUGUGGAACAGAUGAGCGAGAAGAAACAUACUUGUUCUCCCAAAGUUCAGAUAAAUUCCAACAGGAGACUAAAUUUGAUAAGGGUCAGAGUUCUCUAGCUUGUAAUCAAGGUAAAGCUUCUAGACAGACCUCUGUGAUUCAUAAGUUAGAAAAAGGUAACUUAUUCCCAAACCAAAAGGAUAAGGAAACCAUUUCUAAAACCCUGGCAGUCACAAAUGAACUUCAAACAGUUGAUCUUUCCACCAAUGAUAAUGGAAAUUUACAUGAUUAUGAGACCCAAAAUAUGUUGGAAUUGAAAAAGCAUGUCACUGAUAUCGAUACUGGAAACCUGUGUGAUUGUGAGACCCAGGAUGUGUUGGGUUUACAAAAGCGGCUCACCGAUGUGUUUUAUGUUCAGCAAAAUGAAUCAAAAGUUAAUAAGCUUAGGCAGAAAGUAAAUCGAAAGACAGAAAUAAUUUCUGAAAUGAAUUAUUUAGAUGAUGACAAAAGUGUGUAUGGCCCAGAAAAGGAUAAGUCUUUCUUCCUAACCGAGAAGGAUAAAGCAGUCAUCCCUGAAAACCAAGCAGACCCAAGUGAGUUGACAACACCUGCUCUUCCCACCAAAGAUAGUGGAAACCCAUAUGAUUUUGAGACGCAAGAUGUUUCGAGGGUGAAAAAGCCUGUCCAUGAUUUGCAGCCCGCUUGUCAAAUCAAUCAGAAGUAG